UCAGUCUCAAGCUCAGCAGUCAGUAUGGAGUUCCAUUUCCUCUCUCUUCUCGUUCGCUUUGCUGCCCUGAGUCUCUGCUGUCUGCUGGUCACAGUGGAGGAUGCAGAGAGCACAUUUGUGCCAGGAAGGUGUAAAUGCCCAAAGACACAGAUGACUGUCAGAAGACCUAUGACACACCUUGCAGUCACCCUCAGUAGUCCCACCUGUGACAACGAUGAAAUAAUUGUGGUUCUGAGGAACAAAGCACAAGUUUGUGUGAAUCCGACUGGACGUCUGGGGAAAAGACUGAUCCGUUGCUGGAAGAGGGUUACUAAGAGCGGUCUAGACAAGACGAGGUGUCUGAAGAGGAAAAGGAUUCAGGGCACUGGACAGAAGAAGAAGAGAGGUCAAGCUAGAAGCCUCGCUGCAUCCUGAGACUCCAAAAACUACCCCAGCCCUAUCCGGCCUGAAAAACUACAACUGCCAUGGGCCUAUUCUGAGGGAACUAUAGCUUCAAUGGACAGAAAGACUAGGUACUCUAGUCUCAGGCUGGAUAGGAAAGGUCCGUUAAAGUGAUAAAUUGUAGAGUAAGCUAUCAAUGACUUCCAAAGCUAAAUUAUGGAUUCUCUUUAAAUACAUUGUUUGGCAGUGCCCAUGCAUUGAGCUCUCUCAAACAGGACUGUCAGUUUUGCACCCCAACACUAAAACACUCUGCAAAUGUUACCAGUUACUUCAAAUUGCUAGACCACUUAACACUUAACACUAGAACACUAAAACAACAGUAGCUUUAAAGAAACCAAGGCAAUGCAAAACAAAUAAAGGUCUUGAUAAAAAAGCUGCUCAGCUGAGAUCAGGAGACGCAAUUACUGAUGAAUUCACUGCUGGGUGGUGAACAGAACUCAUUGAGCCUGUAGUCAUUUACAAAGAUGACGUUGUGUGAAUUUACAAUUGUAAACAUUUACAUUUUACAUUUAGUCAUUUAGCAGACGCUCUUAUCCAGAGCGACUUACAGUAAGGACAUUCCCUCCGAGGAAAGUAGGCUGAAGUGCCUUGCCCAAGGACACAACGUCAUUUGGCACAGCCGGGAAUCGAACCAUUAAACCUUGUUUAAUGUUUGUGUAUUUUUCUAUCAUGCAAUUUUGUAAUAAAACAAUGUAUUUUCUCAA